GGGAGUGCCGGGGCAGCAGUGAGGGGAGUGACUGCAGUAGCAUCAGUUUCGCGGGUUUAGAGCAGAUUAAUAAAGUAAUAAAAUGUCGGAUGAUGAAAAACUGCCGCCCGGGUGGGAGAAGCGCAUGAGCCGGAGCUCGGGCAGGGUGUACUACUUUAACCACAGCACGAACGCAAGUCAGUGGGAGCGGCCGAGCGGGGGCGGGGGAGCAGCGGUGGACAAGGUGCGCUGCUCUCACCUGCUGGUCAAACACAACCAGUCACGCAGACCGUCGUCAUGGAGACAGGAGAACAUCACACGUACCAAAGAGGAAGCGCUGCAGCUCAUACACAAGUAUAUAGAUCAGAUAAAGUCUGGUGAGGAGGAGUUCGAGACAUUGGCAUCUCAGUUCAGCGACUGCAGCUCCGCACGCAAUGGAGGAGAUCUCGGCAUGUUCGGCAGGGGUCAGAUGCAGAAGCCGUUUGAAGAGGCCUCGUUUGCGCUGAAGAUCGGGGACAUGAGCGCUCCGGUGUUUACUGAUUCUGGGGUUCACAUCAUCCUACGUACAGGAUAAAUCUCAUCCCUUCACCCCUUCAUCCCGUCAUCCCUGUCUUUUAUUAUACUGUACAUAAAAGUCCAUGGACUUUAAUCCAGAUCUUGCACACACACUCACACACACACACACAACACACACACACACACACACACACACACAGUUUUCAAAAAAAGUCAUCUUUAAUAAAAAUAAUUGAGUUUAAAGUGAAAAAUCCGACCUCGCCUGGCAUCAGGCUUCUGAUUGGUUCUUCUCCUGCUCCAUCAUCACAUCUUUCAUCUUCUGUCCAUCACCACCUUUAUUAUAAUGCGUCCCUGACGCCUUGUCAAACCUGCAGCGAUGGAUAAUGAUCAAUAAAUAUGAUUACAUGAUGAACAAA